AAUGCCAGUAGCAGUGCCCUUGUUACUGCCCGAGCACUCGGUGAAGGUGACGCUCUCAUGCACAAUCAAAUCUUACGGGUGCUUUUCGCAGCAUUUCUCGAUGUUUUCUGUGAAUCUGUGCCAACCAAUAAUGGAGAUCAUCUGAAGCAUGAACUGGGUUUAAUGCUAGCGAAGAUGAACAUCGUGCCUGGUGCUGUUCUUUCGGACGAGUUCCUUUCACUUCGCAGGAAAUUCGCCAGUAUAGUCUCAGGAGUGCUUAAGAAUUGCUUCCUCUUGGAUCCCACUGUGGAUUCGAGCCACGAAGGUACCAUUUGUUUAACCUCGUUUGAGUUAUCGUCGAAUCAGGAUUAA